AUGACCAACCAAUCCGUUAUAGUCGUCGGCGCAGGCCCUGUUGGCCUUUUUACAGCCCUGAUACUUGCCCAAAAAGGGAUCAAGGUAACAGUGAUUGAGGCAGAUGAAGGAAUCUCUCGGAGUCCAAGAGCUGCACUCCCUUGCGUCAUUCUCGAAUUUGCCAAGGCUGGAAUCGCCCAAGAGGUUUUCGAAUACGGCUGUAGGAGCGAGCACGGAUACUCUUGGCGAGACGGAAACGAUACAACAAAAGUCCUCGCGGAUUUCACGCCUCCGUCAGCCGAUAAUCCCAAUCUUUGCGCAGCCAUGAUAGGGCAAGACGUCUUGUCGCAGAUUUUCCUCAAGCAUUUAAUCAAUACAGGAAAUGCGGAGAUCAUCUUCAACCAUGCCUUCACUCGCGCUGAAGACCAUGGCGAUUCAGUUACCGUUCACGCUCGGCGUGUACUUGAUGAUCAAGAGCUAUCCUUUAACUGCCGGUAUGUCGUUGGAGCCGAUGGUGGUAAAAGUUCGAUUAGAAAGUCUCUAGGCCUGUCGCUUGAAGGCUUUACCUGGUCAGACAUACGGCUCAUUGCAGUCAACAUCCUCUAUGACAUUGAAAAGUUCGGCUGGAAACAUGGAAACUUUAUUGUUCAUCCUGAGGACUGGGCAAUCGUUGUGAAACGUGGAAAAGGGACUUUGUGGAGGGUUGCCACCAGCGUUCCGUUUGCCGAAGGCGCUGAUGGGGAGCCUAUUACUGACAAGACUGUUUUCCCUAUUAUCAAAGAGAGACUUGCGAGGAUCUUGCCGGGGAAUACUGAUGAGAUUGUCUACCUUCAGGCAGCUCCGUAUACGAUUCAUCAGCGCUGUGUGUCGAAAUAUCGCGUUGGUAAUAUCAUCCUCGCCGGCGAUGCUGCCCACCUCAACAACCCCGUUGGUGGACUUGGAUUGACUACGGGGAUACUUGAUGCCGCUCAUCUGGGCAAAGCGUUAACGCAGAUUCUAAACGAGAAUGCCCCAGAUGCAGUCCUCGAUGAAUACGCGAAGGCCAGGCGUGAAGUCUUCACCAACAUCACAAAUCCAACAUCGACUGCGAAUCUGUUGAGACUCAAGUCAACUGCUCCUGAAGACAUCAUCGCGAGGGAGGCAUUCUUCAAGAUGAUGAAUGAUCCAAACGACAGAAGCCAAGUCUUUGCUGGUAUGGCGAAGGAGAUGGGGUUAUCGACUACCUUAGAUAUGAAGGAUUUGGGGCCAAGGCCACAGUUGUGA